CUUGGAUGAUUAGUUCUCUCGGAUCUAGGAUGGCUGUCUUGUCGCUUCUGUUGUUGGGUGGUUUGUGGAGCGCUGUGGGAGCGUCCAACAUGGCUGUCGUUACUUGCGGCUCCGUGGUGAAGCUACUCAAUACACGCCACAAUGUCCGACUGCAUUCUCACGACGUGCGCUAUGGGUCAGAAUCCCCAGCAGGAGGAGUAAGGAGCAUCCAAGUAUCCAGUAUCUUUAGAAGCAUCUUGUCUCGUGAUUUGGCUGAAUUCAUCACAGCUACAGAGGAUCGAAUUCAUGUGCUUGUCCAAGGCCUUAAAGGUUCAAUGAAGAUUCACAAAUGGCUCUCACAGGACAUCUUAUUCCAUAGUAGUGGGCAGCAGUCAGUGACAGGUGUGACCUCUGUGGAUGACAGCAACAGUUACUGGAGGAUACGGGGGAAGACAGCCACAGUGUGUGAAAGGGGAACCCCCAUCAAAUGCGGGCAGCCCAUCCGUCUGACACACAUCAACACAGGUCGAAACCUGCACAGCCACCAUUUCACUUCACCUCUCUCUGGAAACCAGGAAGUGAGUGCCUUUGGCGAAGAAGGUGAAGGCGACUAUCUGGAUGACUGGACAGUGCUCUGUAAUGGACCUUACUGGGUUAGAGAUGGUGAGGUGAGGUUCAAACAUUCUUCCACUGACGUACUGCUGUCUGUCACAGGAGAACAGUACGGACGACCCAUAAGUGGACAAAAAGAGGUACAUGGUAUGGCCCAGCCAAGUCAGAACAACUACUGGAAGGCCAUGGAAGGCAUCUUCAUGAAGCCCAGUGAGUUGCUGAGGGCAGAGGUCCAUCAUGCAGAGCUGUGACUCUAAAUACUCUGAGCCACUGUCGCCACACAGUGUUUGUAGACAUCUGCUGCUGCUUUACUGCGGGAUCCCUGCUCCAGGUCCUCUGAGCGUGCUGCCUUGGGACCUGCAGCCCUUCACACUUGAAUUGGUUGCUCUCCCAGGCUUAGUCAGUUCUCUCGGGAAAGGACUCACUCGUCUGUGAAGGUGGAGAUAGCUUUCUUCAUGCUGGUAAAAGAAGUUGAGGAGCUUGCCUGUCUUAGCUGGGAAGUGUAACUCCGCAGGAACUGGGCAUCAUGGAUUCUUAAUUUGUGAUUUCUCCUGUUUUGUCUUUCUCCAAAAUAAUGAAUAAAUAAAUAAAUAAAAA